AUGGUGGAUGGAGAGUUUUCCAGGCUCACGCGGAAGCAUGGCAUUAAAAUCUCUGCCAGCUUCCCGUGCAGCGUGGAAGACAUUGCACUGGUGGUGGGAGAGAAGGUCGGACACGGCAGCGUAAAGUCGGCCGCGAGGAUGAACGGUGCCAUGGUCAUAUUCCUGGACCAGGUGGAUAAGGUGAACCGCGUCAUCGAGAUCGGCAUCACGGUGAAAGGUAUGUAUGUAUCAGUGCUGCCGUUAACGCAGCCUGCAACCAAGGUGAUUCUAUCAAAUGUCCCUCCGUUCAUAACCGAUGAGUUUCUCAGUAGAGAACUGUCCAGACACGGGAAAGUGGUUUCCCCGAUCAAGAAGAUCCUGUCUGGAUGCAGGUCUCAGUUACUGAAAAACGUAGUGUCUCACAGGAGACAGCUUUAUAUGAUACUUAACAACCGGGACGAGGAGCUCAACCUCGUUUUCCGUGUCAAAGUAGAUGAUUAUGACUACGUGAUAUUCGCAACCUCAUCGGUUAUGAAGUGCUUUGGUUGUGGUGAGGAGGGCGUCAGGGAGCUGCCAUGUCUGGCCCGGGGGGUGGAUCCAGGGGCGGAGUCUGUCCAGCUGCCCUUCAGAACCACAGAGCUGCCUGAAGACACAAGAGUGGAGUGGAUGGACAGAUUCAACAGGAAGGUCCAUGUGUAUGAGAACGGUUCUGACCGUCCUGAAGAACAGAACCAGAUUUAUAGAAACAGAACGAAGAUGAAUGAAGACCUGCUGGAAACUGGAGACCUCAGUCUGACCCUGAAAUACCCCACAGAUGGAGACACCAACACCUACAUCUGUAGAGUCUACGACAAGGAGGGAGAGAUACUGAUGGUGAAACAAGUGGAGCUCAGAGUGAAAGUCCUCCAGGUGGAGGUGGAGUCAGGGGCGGAGUCUGUCCAGCUGCCCUUCAGAACCACAGAGCUGCCUGGAGACACUAGAGUGGAGUGGACGGACGGAUACAACAGGAAGGUCCAUGUGUAUGAGAACGGUUCUGACCGUCCUGAAGAACAGAACCAGUUUUAUAGAAACAGAACCAAGAUGAAUGAAAACCUGCUGGAAACUGGAGACCUCAGUCUGACCCUAAAAUACCCCAGAUAUAGAGACACCAACAUCUACACCUGUAGAGUCUACGACAAUGAGGGAAAGAUACUGAUGGAGAAAUAUGUGGAGCUCAGAGUGAAAGUCCUCCAGGUGGAGGUGGAUCCAGGGGCGGAGUCUGUCCAGCUGUCCUUCAGAACCACAGAGCUGCCUGGAGACACUAGAGUGGAGUGGACGGACGGAUACAACAGGAAGGUCCAUGUGUAUGAGAACGGCUCUGACCGUCCUGAACAACAGAACCAGUUUUAUAGAAACAGAACAAAGAUGAAUGAAGACCUGCUGGAAACUGGAGACCUCAGUCUGACCCUGAAAUACCCCACAGAUGGAGACACCGACACCUACAUCUGUAGAGUCUACGACAAGGAGGGAAAGAUACUGAGAGAGGAAAGAGUGGAGCUCAGAGUGAAAGGCAGAGUCCAGGUCCAGGAUGUAACGUCUCCUCUUAUGGCUGAAGAGUCAGUUUGAUCAGGUUGUUGAUCUUUGAUCAUUGAUCAGUGAAGGAUCUGAUGGACGAUGGAUGAAGAGAGGAGGACGCUCUGUCAGCUCCUGGUCCUGGUCUGAAGACUCUUUAAGGAUCAGGGUUGAUCAACAUGUUGUCCUCGUUGCUCCUAGACUAUAGAUAUUUGUCCUGAUCAGCUGAACACUGAGGACAGAUUGAAAUGAGUCUUUCAAAACAAACAUUUAAAGCAGAUGAAGAGACAGAAGACUGCAGCAUCCAGAGGAGAGAGUGGAGAGGUUACUGCUGGAAUUACAGGGUUAACCAGGAAACCACACACAUCCUUUACUCGGUUUGGAGACCAAACACAGAGUCAAAAGGGAACGAGACCUGGACCUCAUCAGAAACUAUUUUCGUGAAAUACUCCUUUUUCCUCAGAUUCCCUGCCUUCUCAUCAAUUGUCCUGCAUGUGGGUCCUCACCUCUACUGAUCCUGACACUGAGCACUGAUAGAUUUCAGCUGGUGUCUUGGCUUUCCAUGCCUUUUCCCACCUCCUUUUCUGUGUGUCAAUACUUUUUCUCUCUGUUAUUUCACAUUAUUACACAUAAGUUAAUUUCUGAACUUAUUUGUUCUGGUUUCUUUCUAUGUAUGGAUUACUGGGGUUGUUACCAACACCUGGUGAACAUUUCAUGUCAAUAGCACCUUUAGAAACAUGUUUACUAUGAAACAUUGUGAUGUGUUCAAUACUUAUUUUACCUGCUGUAUAGUGGAAGGUCCCUGUCCUAGAAACACAGCAGCUAAUGAAUGCAGCCAAUGACCAGUGUUGUUCAAGGAGCAUCUUUUGACCAAAUGUCUGUUUUUUGUUUUUGUUUUUUUGUCCUGAAAUCAUAAAUAAAAAAUAGUUUGGUUUGAAGGAAUUGGCCUUUAUUAGAUUAACAUACUAUUACAUUAUCUUCAUACCUGGACUCUAGAGAGAGCAAACCACUGUUCACACCUGGGGCCUCGUUAAUCAAACCGUGCGCUGAAACAGAUCGAUGCUUCGCAAAUGUUAAAUCAUUUUAAUUAGAGCAAAUUAACAUAAAGAAAAAUGAAAUUUCUCACAUUCCAAACACCAGCUAACAGACUGACUCUUUGUGUGAUCCCUGCUCUUGAUUGAAUUUUCGAGGUUUACACUGAAGUGCGUUUCUACAAGACAUAGUUACAUCUCCCAUUAUUUGUGUAUUGAUUGAAUGAAAUCAUUCCCUAUUCACGUAACUAUUAUGUGGUGUAUUGCGAUGUGGGUCAAUCUAUGGCUCCAAAUUAUGUUUAGGAAUCCGGCAAUGGCCCAAAAUUCUCGUUCAAUUUGGGCUUGUUGGUGACGUCUGUAUGGGAACUGUAUGUAAACUGAGGCCAGAGAAAUGAUUUCAUCCAACACUGCCGGGAUAUGCUGUGAAAUGCACAAACUCCAGGAGAUGUGCACUGGGUUGGCUUUGAUUUAAAACCAGAGUUUUAAAUCACGUCAUAAAUCCAUCAGGAUGUUUUUGGGGAAGCUGUUGAACAGAUCAGAUUAAUUAACGCUCUUUGAAAACGCACAGUUCUCAAAAUCCUCCAAUAACACAAGAUAAGUAAGUAGUGUACCUCAACUUUUCUUUUCAGGUUGUCUUUUAGAGCUUGUCACGCAAAAUAUUCAAAGUGUCUGCUAAACUACCGACUGAACAAUAUUAUAAGAGACCAGCAAUAUGUUACGUGUGAAGUUUGAGAUUAACACCACGGCUCUCUUAUUGGUUCUAUGCAGAGCUUAAUUUGUAAAUCAUAAGGUGCCAGAACCCAAAGUAUAACAGCUCAGGGAUGAUGAGACGGGCACAGGUCCCUGAACGUACACAGAAAACGUGCUGAAAACAACGUGAAAAUGCCCACUUACCACAUGGGACUUAGAAGUCUCAGUUUCAAAUAAUAAAUAAUAUCCAUGGUAGAAAUGUUAUGUCAAUAAUUAACAAUUAUUUUAGGUAGUAUACAGUCAGCAAUUCAUUUCAUAACAGGUCUAACGUGUCAAAAGAAAAAGAAAAGAGAGAACAUCCCAUCCCUGACCUGUCGCUGGACGUCCCACAAUCCUCUCCGCUCAAUGCGCUCUCCUCUCCUGAACCUUCCUGCAGUAAACCAGCUGAUGCCGGGGUUCCCGCCUGUUGCUCCGGCGGUUGGUGUUGGUCCAUCUGGCUGUCUGCUAGCGCUGUAGCUGGCUCCUGCUCCGGCUGCUAACACGUGCCAGCUAGCUUGGCUAGCUGUUGGUGAACCCUGCUAGCUGUUGGUGAACCCAGCUAGCUGUUGCGGCGCUAGCCUCCUGCUGCCGCUUGUGGAGGCUUUUCUGACUCGUUUUUAAGUGUCAUCCAACACUUCCUUCUUUUGAAAACAGUCAGUAACUCUAACUGUCUUUUUGACAUGUUUGCGUUGAAAUUGUAACCGUUUUUCCUGUUUCUACAGCAACGUUUAAUAGAGACGUAGCUGCAUCUCACGUCAUUUGUGUAUUUAAAUUAAAUCGUUUCCCGUUCAUGUAACUGAAUUCAUUGUGUAGUUUUAUUGAGAUGUUAGUCAAUCUAUGGCUCCAAAUGAUGUUUGGGAAUCCAGCAAUGGCCUGAAACCCUGGUUUAAUUUGGGCUCGUUGGUGAUGCCUGGAUAGGAACUGGAUGUAAACUGAGGCCAGAGAAAUAAUUUGGCCGGGAUGGUUCUAUUUAGUGUCGGCAGUGAAAUGCAUAUGUCUCCAAACUCUGGCUGAAAUGUUGCGGUGGCCAAACAUCUCAGGGUGGACAGGAGAUGAGCACUGAGCUGGUUUUGAUUUAAAACAAGAGUUUUAAAUAGGUCAUAAAUCCAUCAGCAUGUUUCUGGGGAAGCGGUGAUGGACAGAUCAGAUUCAUUAAUGCUCUUUGAAAACACACUGUUCUCAAAAUCCUCCAAUAUCACAAGAUAAGCAACAGUACUGUACUUCAACUUUUCUUUUCAGGUUGUCUUUUAUAGCUUGUCCAGGGAAAAACCUUGGAGGACCCCCUCAUAAUCCUUAUGCCAGUUAAACAUAUGUUUACCACCAUUUGUUUUAAAUUUGUGUUUGUUUUAAACUUUUCAAACUAAAAACUAACCUAAAAGACUUCUUUCAUACAAAUGAAAAUCAUUUCAUUUCAUCCAAACCACAUUUUGUCUUCACAUUUAUCAUUUAAAAGUUAUAGAUCUCGAAGCUUUCAGAAAAUGAACAGUAUCAAAAGUGGCUCAGUCCAAAUGAAUCAGUUCAUGUCAUCUGAACGGAGCAUCGCGUGGAGGAGCUCUUUGUCCUGGUGCAGUCGGUGCUCGGUGGGAGGGAGUCAGCUCCUCAGCUCCUACCUGAGAACUCUGUCCUCAGUUCGGCGACACAUCCUCAGACAUGAACAAGUUCAACAACAACUCCAGUCUACGACCGUCCUUCUUAAAGGGAAAGAGCUGCUCCUCUGACGGUGCAGUUCUUAAUAAAAAAAAAAUAAAAGCAAAGAUGGACAGAGCUUCUGUCACUGUAGCAACAAUGUUCCUGAGUCAAAUCCAGAUGAAUGAAUCUCUCAUACCUGGUUCCUGGUCUCAUAUCUGGUUCCUGGUUCCUGGUCCCAUAUCUGGUUCCUGGUCUCAUACCU